AUGGACGAACCCAGGGCCGUGCGGGAUAGAUUGUGCCAUGGCGGAUGGGACGAAGUAGCCCUCGCCGGAGUGACCGAUCUGCCUUGGGAUCGAAGCUUGGAGAUCCUAGCUCCGGUGGUGGGUCGGCUGUCCUUCGGUGAGGAGCUCGAACUCCGGGCGGUGCUUUCGAGGCAAUCGGGCUUUGCGACUCAAGCGGCGACGUUCUUUGUGGAUGAAGCCUGGAACCGCCGCUAUGGACGGGAUGCCGAGACACCGCUGGCACCAUUGAUACGGUGGGAAGCCGUGCAGAGAAAGGCUCCGGCCGCAAAGUGGCCCUCCAGGUUUCAGAGAGGGCUUGAGCAUCUCCGAGACGGAGAUUCUCGUGAAAAGUUGGAAAGCAAGGAGAGGGAACGAGUGGUGCAUCUGCUUGCCUCGGCUCUCUGCGCGGCAGCUCUUUGGAGGCCUGAUGCUGAUGAGGAAGGUAAGCCAGCCUCGGUCUUGGUGCAGCAGAGGAUUGCUAUGGGCAGGAGGUUAGGCACCCUUCGGCAGCAUGUCAGGAACAUCUCCAGAAUGGCUCAGUUUUGCACGGUCAGCUUUGGCUACGGAUGGUUCCGGCAACCCAGGGACUUCUUUGAUCUGAUUUCUUCAAGACUGGCUGAACCGUGCGGCAAACAUGUUCCACGGGCUCUCUUCAACUCGGUCAUCUUUGCUGAGCAGGCGGCCGAGCUGGAAGAAGGGCUACGGUUGUCAAAGAAUCAAGGUGUUCGAAAUUUCCUGAAGGAAGUCGAGUCGGCCGGGGGUUGGAAAACAGGCAGAGUGGUAAAGAAGGCGCAGCCUUUUGGGGUAGUCAUGAUCCUUGCUCUGGAGGACCUCGUGAUGCGAAGCGCAGCUCAGGCAUAUAUGCGCUGGUAUGCCUGGAUCAAGUUGCUGAAGGUUUGGGCGGCGCUUCGUUGGAGUGACUUGCAAGGGAUCCCGAACGACUUUCUGCAUCUCCGGCACGAAGGUGUCCUUGAAGGAAAGAUCACAAGGUCGAAGGCUGGGAAGAGGGUCGAGGUCAUGUACUUCUACGUGGCGCCUGAGGCCUUCUUACUUUAA